AUGAAGAGUUAGCUAUUGCUUAUGUGUUGAUUGGCAGUGGUCUCUAUGAUGAAGCAAUACGACAUUUUUCAACAAUGCUUCAGGCGGAGCCUGAUCUGGUUAGUGCAAUUUAUGGCCGAGGGAUGGCCUAUGGAAAGAAGGGACUACAUGACAUUAAGAAUGCUGAGCUUGCUCUGUUUGAACUGAGCCGAGUAAUUGCCUUGGAACCAGACCGCCCAGAGGUAUUUGAGAAGCGAGCAGAAAUUCUGUCUCCUCUGGGACGAAUUAAUGAAGCGGUGAACGACCUCACGAAGGCUAUUCAGCUUCAGCCUUCAGCCCGGCUGUACCGGCACCGGGGGACCCUGCACUUCAUAUCUGAGGACUAUGUGACAGCCCACGAGGACUUCCAGCAGUCCUUGGAGCUGAACAGGAACCAGCCCACGGCCAUGCUGUACAAAGGUCUCACUUUCUUCCAUAGAGGACUUCUGAAGGUCUUUGGGAGAAGGCACAGAAAGAGAAUGAAGGAAGCCAUUGAAGCCUUCAAAGAAGCUCUGAAGCAGAAAGUUGAUUUCAUUGAUGCCUAUAAGAGUCUGGGGCAGGCCUACAGAGAGCUGGGCAACUUUGAAGCAGCCACUGAGAGCUUUCAGAAGGCUCUGCUCCUCAACCAGAACCAUGUGCAGACCUUGCAGCUCCGGGGGCUGAUGCUCUACCACCACGGCAGCCUUCAUGAGGCUCUCAAGAACUUCAAGCGAUGCCUGCAGCUAGAGCCAUACAACGAUGUGUGUCAGUACAUGAGGGGACUCAGCCAUGUCGCCAUGGGCCAGUUCUAUGAAGGGAUCAAAGCACAGACCAAAGUCAUGCUCAAUGAGCCCCUCCCUGGCCAGAAGGCAAGCCCUGAGUAUCUGAAGGUGAAGUACCUCAGAGAGUACUCCCGUUAUCUCCAUGCACACCUGGACACACCGCUCACUGAGUACAACGUUGACACGGACCUGCCAGGGAGCUUUAAAGACCACUGGGCCAAGACCCUGCCUUUCCUCCUGGAGGACUACGAGGAACAGCCGGGCCUGCAGCCUCACAUAAAGGAUGUACUGCACCAGAACUUCGAUAGCUACAAGCCUGAAGUCCAGGAACUGAUCUGUGUAGCUGACCGAUUGGGAUCCCUGAUGCAAUAUGAAACCCCCGGAUUCCUGCCCAACAAGAGAAUACACCGAGCCAUGGGCCUGGCGGCACUAGAGGUCAUGCAGGCUGUCCAGCGCACGUGGACCAACUCGAAGGUCCGCAUGAGCGGGAAGACGCGGCUCAUGCAGUGGAGGGACAUGUUCGACAUCGCUGUGAAGUGGAGGAGGAUUGCUGACCCAGACCAGCCUGUGCUGUGGCUGGAUCAGAUGCCAGCGCGGAGUCUCAGUCGAGGCUUUAACAAUCACAUCAACCUAAUCAGGGGUCAGGUGAUUAACAUGAGGUAUCUGGAAUAUUUCGAGAAAAUACUCCACUUUAUUAAAGAUAGAAUUCUUGUUUAUCAUGGCGCUAACAACCCCAAGGGGUUGCUAGAAGUUAGAGAAGCUCUGGAGAAGGUUCACAAAGUAGAAGACCUUCUUCCCAUUAUGAAAUUUAAUACCAAAACAAAGGAUGGGUUCACUGUGAACACAAAAGUUCCCAGCCUCAAAGAUCAAGGGAAGGACUACGAUGGGUUCACGAUCACCAUCACGGGAGACAAAGUUGGCAAUAUCCUGUUCUCUGUAGAAACUCAAACCACAGAAGAAAGGACACAGUUGUAUCAUGCUGAAAUAGAUGCACUUUAUAAAGAUCUGACAGCCAAAGGAAAAGUAUUGAUUCUCUCAUCAGAAUUUGGGGAGGCUGAUGCUGUCUGCAACUUGAUCUUAUCGCUAGUUUACUACUUUUAUAAUUUAACACCUCUCUCUCGAGGAUCUAGUGUCAUCGCCUACUCCGUCAUUGUGGGCGCACUGAUGGCCAGUGGCAAGGAAGUGGCGGGCAGGAUCCCCAAGGGGAAGCUUGUUGACUUCGAAGCUAUGACAGCACCUGGCUCAGAGGCCUUCAGCAAAAUUGCCAAAAGCUGGAUGAACUUGAAAAGUAUCUCACCGUCUUACAAGACUCUCCCCUCCGUGUCAGAGACAUUUCCCACGUUGAGGUCCAUCAUCGAGGUGCUAAACACAGACUCUGCCCCACGCUGCAUCAAGAAACUCUAGUCAUGCCGUGGAUUUGUACAUGAAGGCUCGGGCCUUGCGCUCAUUAAGUUAUUUUUUAAGACAUGGAAUUAUUAAGAAAUUAGGUCCUUUAUUACUUUUGAUACCAAUUUUUGAUAGGAAUUGAAUACUUGAAAUCACUUUCCUUAUUUCUCCAACCCAUAACAGAAAUCAUGAAAAUGGGUUUUGGGGGCAAGCUGCUUGAGCAGGAAGGGAAGUGUGUGCGCACUUCCUGUGGCAUCCAUGAGGCCACGGCGCUGUCCUGACAGUAAAAUGUUUACUUCAGAAACCAAAAAUUAGUGACUGAGCUGAGCAAAGCCAAGGAACAAGCCAGGAGUGUCUGCCUCCCCGGCUGGCGUUACACGCGCCUUCUGUGGGUGCGGUUUCACCUUGCAAUGCCCGCACACAAGCUCUCGGUCUCGAGAACUGCAGAUGUCCACAGGUGUUGGUGUGCCUCAGCUCACAGCCAGAACCACGGAUUCUGCACACACAGUAUUCGCCGUUGUCCUGACACUGAAUUACCAAAUCAUGUAUUUCUCUUCUUUGUUGGAAAAAUAAAUGUAAACCAAAGUGAUUUCUGUAAAUCACUGAUUUGGGCACUGGGUUAUCUAUGUUUUUAUUUUGUGAGCAAGUUUUGCAUUCAGGUAUAAGAACAUUUAAAAAGUUGCUCAUUCCUUUUUUUUAGGCAGGGUGAAUGGCAGUUCAUUAAACUGUUGCCAAUUCCAAAUCUCCUUCAGGCUUGGUUCCCUAUUUUUGUUAAGCAAACGGCUCACUAUGUGCUGCUGUCUGGUUUUCAUUAGGCUAAUGAGCCACUGGCAAGCUCCAGCCCUACACUGGGCUGCGCACGUGCCCUUCGGACUGAUGCUGACCUGGGAACCGAGGCAGCUCGAGCCCUUGCCCCCAGCGCCCUGAGUGCCUCUCUGCAGACGUCUUCUCCUGAGUCCAAGGCUGCCGCUCAGAAAGCACUAGCAUCUUCAUUUCCAGUCUCCAGGCAGGACUGGGGACUCUGGGCCUUGGGGUUCAGCAAGCGGUGGCCGUGUGGUGCUGGGUACCCUGACCAGCUCUGCCGGAGCCCAGGCCUGCCCGGCCCUGCCAGCAACGCUAUUUCAUAUACUGCCACGUGACAGCUGUGUGGCUCCCUGCAUUCUCCAUCCCGGGUGACCACACCAGCCCACCCUCUGCACGUUGGAGGAGCUCGGGGGACGGCCGAAGCUGAGGAUGAGAUGGUGAAGCUGGUGGCCUGCUUUGUGUUGGGGACUGAAUUCAGAGCCUUGAUGGGCCAGGCACACGAUAGCAUUGAGCCACAUUCUCAGCCCAAGCCAGAGGCUCCCUGUCCGCUCUGGCCAAGGCACCUAGUCCUUGAGCAGGAGGUCCGCUCCGUCCCCAGGCUGGGCUCUGUGUCCAGCCUACAGGAGUGUGCACGGGAUGUCUGAGGGGUGAGUGCAAGCAAGCUGAGCACUGGACAGAUUAAACAAAGAGAAGCCAGUGGUUAAAGUUACCUGUAAGCAUCUAACAGCCUGAAGCCCGUCUCCAUGAGCCUGCUUAAAGGAAAAACUUAAGUGCUGCUGAGCCAUGCCUCGGUUUCUCUGGUUUGGUGGUGGACUUGUCUUGCUAGAGCUGCUUCAGGCUAUUUUCUCUCCCUCUGUACAUGACCUCUCUCUUGCACUCAUUCACUUUGGGUCUAUUAAAAAUAUUUUGAAGCCGGGCA